AUGGAUGGUAUCCACGUUCUGGAAACCGAGAAGGCAUGGUGCACGCAACAAGUGAUCCAGAAAUGGACAGACCUCAUGCUGCCGCAAGUUUCACGCAACGGCAAGAGGGCCCUGCUAGUGUGGGAUUCUGCGAGUACGCACCGCGCCAAGGAGAUGAAGGCUUUUCUCGCCAAAAGGGCUGUGGAUCAGAUCAUGAUACCAGCCGGGAUGACCGGCUACCUCCAAACUCUUGAUCUCGCCAUAAACGAACCCUUCGAAGAUUACAUCAGAAUUGAAUGCAGAGAGUACAUAGAGCACCGAAUGACCCGGAACAAGCGAGGAAAUUUUGUGAAGCCAAGCUUGUCCGAAGUAGUCACUUGGGUCAAAAAUUCGUGGGCGAAAAUUUCAGAUGAAUGUGUUCGCAACGCUCUACGCGCAGGAUACUUGGACAGAAAUAGUUCUUUCGCAGACAGUCUGAUCGCAAAGCAUGAGAGGCUGGGCGCGAGGAUUCUGAGUGAGGCAGAGACGCGAAAGCUAACAGAAGAUCUUCAGGACACAAGCUUUUUCACAGAUAUCCCGGAGAGUGAUACACUGGAAAUAGUUGAAUGUCACAAAAUCCAUUGUUUUUGCUUAAAGUAUUACCGGAUCAACUACGAAUCCGGGUAG